CAACAUAGCCAUUGAUAGAUAGAUUGGGAGAGAUCGAGGAGGGAGAUUGUCGAUCAUGAGCUACGUACACCCAGUCGUGGGCGUUCCUCCACCGGCAUUCAAUGUGGUGGCGCCGUCCACGGCGGGCACCAAAGAUUUGCAGGGAAUGCCAGGCACGGCGGGGAGCCUGGCGCUGCGAGUCCUCCAGUUUGGAUUCGCCGCCAUCGCUCUCAGCGUCAUGGCCUCCAUCAGCGAUUUCCAGACCGUCACAGCCUUCUGCUACUUGGUCGUAGGGACCGGACUCCAGAGCUUGUGGAGCUUGUCCAUGGCAGCGCUGGAUGGCUACGCGCUCCUUCUCAAGCGAAGCAUUCGAAGAUCAUCGCUCGUCACGCUUUUCGCCGUGGGUGACUGGCUCUGUGCCACUCUCACGCUCGCCGCCGCAUGCUCCACCGCUGGAAUCACUGUGUUGCUGGCCAAAGACUUGGAUCAAUGUGGCCCCAACGACUGCAGCAAGCUCCAAGCGUCGGUGGCGCUCACUUUUCUCGCAUGGUUCUUAUCUUCGUGCUCCUUUUUCUUCUCGUUUUGGGUUAUGGCCACAAGCUAAAGCCUGUUUUUUUCUUUCUCUCUCUCUCUCUCUCUCAUUCUCUGCUCAAGCCCGUUCUUCCAAAGCUUUUUCAAGAUCUUUAGUGUAAAAUCCUCUAAUUUGAUACAACAAUACAAAUACAUACCACUGGCAAUA